UAAAACACAGUCACAUUACAAGAGAAGUAGUUAUUGAGGGGUGACAUAAGAGGAGCUCAGGAGACAAGUGAGUGAGAGAGAGAGAGAGACACUUAGGAAUCUAAGUGCUCACAUAUCAGCUGGAAGUGCCGAUGGUGGUCUUGAUGGGAGGAGAGAAAUCUGAGAGCAAGAGUUUAGUGAAGUUGGUACUGCUAGCAAAGCUAAACUAAGCAUAGUCCUCUACAGUAGUGAGGCAGACAGAUGACAGCACUGUUUCCUGUCUCAUGUGACUGUUAGAGAACGUUAAUAUCAGUGUAGCUCUGUGAGGCUCAGCAGAAGGAAUUGCCUUUUCGCAUUAACAUUGCCAAUCAGAUGUAAGGGAGGGGUCAACACACCCUCUAGGACUGUUAUAACUUGCACAGGAACAGAGCUGGUGAGGACCUGAGAAAGGCAGCGACAAACAUCGGAUGAUCAAGCGCUGAAUACUUAAACCCAGUUUAUCAUUUGUGCAUUCUUGAGAGACAGAAUGGGUUUCUUAUUGGGGUUAUUGCUUCUGUUGGCUCCAUCUUACUCAGCUGCAGAAGAACCACGCGUAGUUUUCGCACAGAUAGGAAACUCUGUUACUCUUCCCAGGACUCAAUGGGGAACAAAAGACAAAAUUCAUGUCAACUGGUACUUUACGAAUGAUUUAUUGAUUACUAGGAACCCUACAUCAUCCUCUCCAAAAAUAGAAAAGUGGCAGGGACGACUCUCUCUUACAUCAGACUGGUCUCUUAUCAUUUCACCUGUUCUUGAGUCUGACUUUGGAAUCUUCAGAUGUGAACAGCAUGAACUCGUGUCUAGUACUACAAACAGAUACAAACUUUAUCGUGUAACGAUGCCCACACCGCCACCACUGCUGGCUCAGUCUGUCAGUCUCGAUCUGUCCUGUGAAAUCGAAAGGGAAGGAUUUGAGCGUGUUCACCCUACUGUAAGAUGGUUAGGGCCGCAUAAGGAACUUCAUUCCGGAACAUUCAGUGGGAACAAACACACUCUUAGUGUGAAAGGUGUCUCCAGCUCUCACAGUGGAAAGUGGACCUGUGAAGUGACAUGUAAAACUUGCAGCACAUUAAAUGCCAUGACUGAUGUCAUCAUUGUAGAUCUCAACCCCUCUCCACCAGAUCCCAUCUACACGUAUGACACCUCCUCUAAUUUUCCUAUCCCGUGUUCCUUCCCCUCAAGUAUUACCUGGUCCACAUUGAAUGCCACAGGUGUGACAGGAGGUAAUUGGAGUUUCACUUCACUUAACUCCCCUGCAUCCUCAACCCCUCUACUCGAAUUACAUCUCAAUUCCUCCCCUGUCUGGAAGGCCCCCAGUGGCACAGUCAGUCUAUUCAAGGAGACUGCGUUGAAAAAUCAAGUACUCGAUGUGAAGAUUCCCAAGGUGUCUAUAAACGACAGGGGGACAUACACCUGCAGUGUGAAGUUCAAGUCAAGAACACUCACUAGGAAAGUAGUGGUAGAGGUGCUGGAUGUUAUUGCUUCGCCAGAAAAAGAUAUAUAUGAGGGUAACACAGUGAACUUGAGUUGCACACUGGGUCAUCCCAUGGCCUCUGACCUGGAAGUGAAUUGGAUACCCCCCCAAGGUUCAUCUCUGCCAAAUCUCAGCCCUCCUCAUCCCGUAGAGCUGUCUAUCCCUGGAGUAAAAGUGAAGCACAGCGGGCGAUGGACAUGUCAACUCAAAAAGAAUACAACAGUGCUUACAUCAGCUACAAUCAGUUUGAAAAUUGAGAGAGCUCCAGUGCUUUGGCUUGUUUUAUCUAUUGUUGGUGGCAUUCUGGGCAUUAUCGUGCUUGCUGUAAUACCUGUCAUCAUCAUUCGUAGACGCAGACAGGUGAUGAGGUAUAGACGGCGUAAGAAGAAAUACUGCUGCUGUAAGAACAACUACGCUGUUUUGCCUGAAACCAUCAUUCAAUUUCACCCCCAGCCCAAAGGUUUCUACAAGAACUGAAUGAAGCCUCUUCCUGAACAACGUAACCUGCUGGACUGAAAAAGCUGAAUUCCUACAUCAUAAACAACGCUUGCUGAGCUGGAGUUGAAAAAAAAAAAUAAUAAUCAAGACGGCAGGAACAAUUAAAAUGUCAUUUUUUAAACAUCAGCUACUUGAAAAUACUGUAUCAAAAACAAGCAGAGAAACAUCAUGUAAACGCACUUCCUUUACAGCUGUAAAUAAAUAAAUAAAAGCCUGGUGUAAUAUGUACUUAGUGUAAUAUGGUACUGAAGUACUACUUAAAUAUAGUAUGAUAAACAUUUCAUUGAAUAUUAUAGUAUCAUAUAAUUACGUUAUUAGAUUAUUUUAGAGUUCAGACCAGAAUUCAGCCAGACUAAUGAACUUAUACAUGCAACAUACUCUAUGUGCUUAGCUGAACUGAAUAUUUAGCUAAACUGAUAGCAGACUGUGUAUGUAUAUGUGAGUAAUCAUGUUUAAUAAAAUAAUAUUUUGUGUAAAUAAAUAUUUAAAAAAUUU